GCCCCCGAUGUUAACCCCCUCCUGCCCAGUGCCUUUAAUGCAGUGUCAGUGCUUUUUAUUACCACUGAUCACUGUAUUGGUGUCACUGGGGAUGUCAGUGACAUGAUAGUUAGUUCCCCCCCAGUGUCAGAAUGCCCGCCACAGUCCCACUAUAAGUCGCUGAUCACCGCCAUUACUAGUAUUAAAAAAAAAAUCCAGUAUAUAUACCGCCAUUUGUAGACGGUAUAACUUUCAUGUAUUGUAAACCAAUUAAGUUACAUGUAUUGGUAUUUUU